AUGAUACCCCGAUCGAUUUUCAGCAGGAAGUUGCUUCACUCCAUUCCCGUGCCCCCCACAAGCCGAUUCCUUUCUGCGACCUCCCCAGUACAGAACGCCGGCACCUCGGCCCCGGUGAAGCCUCCUGCACGACCGCAUGGGAUCGACCCGCGAUGGCUUACCAUGAUGAAGAGACGGGUGGGCCGCUGCAUGAUGUUUGGUCUCAAGCCGGCUCAGGUGGACGAGGCAGGCAAGAUUCUUCAACAAUUAGCCCGGGACUGGCGCGAAUUGAUCGCGGGCAGUGAGGGAUUCCUGACUGAUGAGAAGCGAUGCGGCUUGUAUCGGCACAAUGUGGUCUGGGGAGAAAUGAAAAUAGGACGUCAUGGACAUGUCAACAACGUUACCUACGUUCGAUACGCCGAAUCCGCCCGAGUGAACUGGACACGCAAAGUCGGAAUCCAUUUUGACAAAGCGAACGAGAAGCAGUGGCUCAAUCUUUUGAACUCGACCGGUAUUGGGCUUAUACUGCGAAGCAUCAAGGUCGACUAUAAGUUUCCCAUGAUAUUCCCAGACAAGAUCUCUGUCUACCACAAGCUAGUGUGCGACCCUUCCUCGUCGAUAUCCUCCCAGUCUGCAUUCCAGCUACAGGUCAUGAUCAUGUCGGAAGCCAAGCAACGCCCUGCAGCUCGUUGCCACGAGGAUAUUGUCACAUAUGACUACCGCAAGAACCAAAAGACCCCCGAGCUACCAUACUUCAUUUUUGAGCAAUUCAAAAAUAUUUGGGAACUGCAAGAGAAGGCAAAAAAGGAGUGGCAGCAGCGAAUUUUGGCAAUUGAGAGCCAGGUCCGAACUCUAGAAGUCGAGAGUUGGGAUCGCGCAGACGCAGUUGAGGAUACUGGCUCGGCAUCAAAAUAG